UUCAUUUCUACGAAAUUUCUGUGAAAAUGAAGGGUUUCUCGGGAGUAAAAAAUGGUGUGCUCUGUUCGUGAAAAUGAAUUUGCAACAAAAGAAAUGAUGGUGCUCAUCCCCAUUGCGAGAUGGCUGAUGCAGUCAAAGAUAUGGCCAUUGGUGUGCUUUGUUUCAUCUGUUGUUGGACUCAUCUCUUACGCUCUGAGUUCCUCUUUCAACCAUUUAUUGGGAAAGUGGAGCUGGUGGAAGUUAUCACUUUACACUGUUUUCAGUUUCAUCAUCUCCUUUACGGUAUUGUUUACAAAGAAACGGCAUAGCUCAACUACUCUGCGGCUGGAAGCUCAUUUAGCAUUUUUGGUUCUGAUCAUCACUUCUGUGUACUCGUUUUUCUUAGAUAAAUUGUUCAAGGGAAAAUCAGAUGCAUAUGGUUUAGUUUCCUUUGCCGCUUUUGCCAUCAUGUCUCUCUGUUUGUCAAGACAGAUUCACUUGGGAUUUGAGGUUGAUCUGUUAUAUUUUUUCUGUGGAGCUCUAUUAGUACAGUUGAUGAAGGUAAAAUUAUGGUUAGUUACUAUUGGAGCCAUUUUCAGUUAUUCCCUAGUCAUUCUUCGUACUUCUUUGAAUUCUCCACCUCUCAGUGGUCAUCUUGUUGGUUCCUCUUUGGAUGCAGUCCAAGUUCAAGGAGACCACUUAGCCAUUGACGUCCAUUCAGAUUCACAAGAUAUCAGUGAUGGCAGGGCCAUUCAGGUGGAUUCAUUCCAAGCUAUUAAUAUUGGCACGGCACAAGAAGCCAACACUGACAGUGCUUUUGUCAGUCCAGUUUCACAAGGAAAUUUUGACAGUUCUCUUGUCAUGCUAGAGUUCCUGAAUUGUAUAAAUGCGUUUAAGAAGGAGAAUCUGAAGCUUAUCCACAUGGUUUGCAUGCAUGCUGACCAGUGCUUUGAAGGGGAACACGACAGCCGUAUGAUGCCGCCAGUGCAACUCGACGUGAACUUGGUGAUGGAUUCAUUGUCCUUAAGAAUUAUUAACAACUUUCGUGAAAACGUGAAGCUCAUGGUGGGAGCUGGGUUUGAAGAGGAGUGCUGCCGCGUUUACAGCCAUCUCCGGCAGGAGUUUCUAACAGAGUGCCUGUCGAGAUUGGGAUUGCAAGAGCUGAUCAACAUGGUGGACGUUGACAUCAAGAUGCUGAAGGUUGAGAGUUGGAUUAAAUAUUGCAAGGUCGCUCUGAAGAUACUAUUUCCCAAUGAAAGAAGACUCUGCGAUCGCGUCUUUGAAGGUUUUUCUUCCGCUGCAGAUGUCUCUUUCAUGCAGAUUUGCAGGUAUUUUACCACUCCUAUACUGAGUUUUGCUAAUACCGUUGCAAAUGGGAGCCAUUCGCCGUAUGAUUCUUUCCGCGUCACUGGCAAAGUGUUUGAGACAUGGAAUAGCCUGCGGCCAGAUUUUGAAUCUCUGUUUCAUGAUCAGUACAAUGUAUCACUGAGAAACGAAGCGAACAUGGUCUGGAAAAAAUUGAGGGAAGCGAAUGCGGGCAUUUUUAUGCAGUUGGAGAAUCUUAUUUACCAUGAUAUGCAGCAGGUAACUGUUCCUCACGGCUUUCUCCAUCCAGUUACCCGCCAAGUGAUGAACUGCUUAAGCGAUGUUCCCGUGUUUAAAGAAAUUUCUCACCAAAUUUUUGCAGAGAACACCAUAGUUCCUAGCACAGAGGAGAACUCACCUUCAAUUCGGGACCGGUUGGCUCAAAUAGUAGAGCUUUUAGAGAGCAAUUUGGCAGCUAUAUCCAAAGACUACACCAACCCUAGUUUGUUUUGUUUUUUCAUGAUGAAUAACUUGAGAUUCAUACAGCUUAGGGUGGAAAUUCAUCCAAUGCGAAGGAUUCUAGGAAAAGAUUGGGGAGAAAAGUACACGGGAAAAAUCCAACGAAGCCUUCAACUUUAUCAAAGAAGCUCAUGGGAUAAGGUGUUAUACUUCUUGAACCUAGACAACAUUGAGUCAGAAGAGCCUAAUGUUAUAGCUGAGUCAAUGAAAGACAAGCUCAAUUUGUUCUACCAUCAUUUUGAUGAGAUCUGCAGUGUUCAGUCUAAAUGGUACGUCAUUGAUAACCAUCUAAAGGAACAAAUAUUAAUAUUCCUAGGAAACAUCUUGUUGCCAAUAUAUGGAAAAUUCAUUGACAGGUUUCAGAAUGUUCUUGGUAAGCAAGCUUACGACUAUAUUAAGUAUGGAAUGCUUCAGAUUCAAGAUCAUCUCGACCAUUUGUUUGUUGUAAACUAGCAAUCUGGAAAGAUUACGGUAAUAGUGAUGUAAUGACUGUGUGGCCAUGAACUACACCUGUGCGAUUUAUUUUAUGUUUUACCAAUAAUUGCGCGCAAUUCAUGUAAUGACUUUGCCUCCUAUCAUGUAGAUGGAGCACUACUCCAAUCCAAUAGCAAUUGCCUGCGUU